AUGAGGGGGCGAUUUGUGUACAUUAAUACCCUUGCGGUACUAAUCGUGAUCGUGUGCGCACACCAGCUUCAUCAUUCGAUCGCACUGGAACUUCUCGAACAAGCGGAUUCUCUUCACUUACAGCCAAUUGCCGCCAGUGCAAAUGUUACUGAAAGUGAAAGUGUUCAUCCGCCACCGGCAGCAACCUUUGGCGGGGAACGUUCCACCCCGGAAGCAAACGAUGAAGCCACCAAUGAAGCACGGCAUCGACAGAAGCGUCUUAUAUCGGCGGGUGAAUAUGAGCAAACGGCUCAGUACUGGAACAUAGGCGCACAGUUGAAGCUAAAGGAACAUGUAAUGAGGCAGCCUAACCUAAACAUUGCCAAAAAUGUGAUCUUCUUUCUCGGCGAUGGUAUGUCGAUACCGACCCUUGCUGCCAGUCGUAUGUAUCUCGGGCAACAGCAAGGCCAUACGGGCGAGGAAAGCCAACUGUCGUUUGAAGAGUUUCCCGACGUUGGUCUUGUGAAGACCUACUGUGUGGACAAGCAGGUGGCGGAUUCGGCUUGCACCGCGACGGCUUAUUUGUGUGGCGUGAAGGCCAACUAUGCAACGAUCGGUGUAACGGCAGCCGUCAACUAUGGUAACUGUGCCGCCAGCAAUGAUCCGCGCAACCACGUCCAAUCGAUCAUGGCCUGGGCGCAGGCAGCAGGGAAAGCGACCGGUAUCGUAACGACAACACGUGUAACGCACGCUAGUCCCGCCGGCACCUACGCACACACGGCCAGUCGUGAUUGGGAGUGCGAUGCCGAUGUAGCACGGACUGGUGGUGAUCCGGCCCAGUGCCCAGACAUAGCGUCGCAACUGAUCUUCGGCGAUACGGGCAAAAACCUGCGCGUCAUUCUUGGUGGUGGCCGUCGUAAGUUUCUUCCACGCACCAUGAAGGAUGAAGAAGGUUACCGCGGCCAGAGGCAAGAUGGGGCCAAUCUGAUAUCUCAGUGGUAUUACGGAAAACCACUCGGUACCGCAAGGUACGUGUCAAACAGGCAGGACCUGAUGGCUCUCAACUUCACCGAGGUCGACUAUCUGCUAGGGCUGUUCAGUGCGGACCACCUGAAGUUCCAUCUAGACGCCCGCCCGGAAGUGGAUCCAACGCUGGGCGACUUAACAUAUGCCGCGAUAAGAACGCUGCAGAAGUACCCCGAGGGUUAUGUGUUGUUUGUGGAGGGAGGCAAAAUUGAUCUGGCACAUCAUUUUACCAAGGCACGUAAAUCGCUGGAUGAGACGGUGCAGCUGUCCGAAGCGGUGCAGGUGGCACGUCAGCUCACCAGCCCGGAUGACACACUGCUCGUUGUGACGGCGGACCAUUCGCAUACGAUGACACUAUCGGGCUAUGCGGCACGUGGUAACGAUAUUCUCGGCCUCAACAGCCAGAUCAGCGAUGGUGACCAGAAACCGUACACGACGCUAACGUACGCGAAUGGACCGGGAGGGCCACAACCGGGUCCCAAGGGCCAGAGACCAAACAUUACCGAAUCGAUGAUAAAGGACCAGGAGUUCCAGUUCCCGAAGGUGGUCCCGAUGAAGUACGAAACGCACGGCGGUGACGAUGUGGCGCUGUUUGCGUACGGACCCUGGUCGCACCUGUUUGUCGGAAUGUACGAACAGAAUGUAAUACCACACUUGAUAGGCUAUGCAGCGUGCAUUGGGAACGGUGAGCACGCGUGUCCGACGGUUGGUGGUUUGUAA